UGUGUGACCUGAAAGUCUGUAUUUGAUGUUUGACAUAUUUUUUUUCUUCACCAAUAGAAACCCCAUCGUGUCAUGUUUUUCUCUGGGUAAAGAUGAUUUGCAUCAAUAUCAUAAUGAAGAACAGACACUGGAAACUGGGAACAACAGAGUCGAGGAGGGAAGGAUUACGGAUAAAUUUUUAUCAUCCAGGUCACACCAUGACCCGACCUUCCUGCUCAUCUGUCGGACUCCUGCUUCUCCUGAUUGGCUACGUAGCAGCAGCAGAAGUCACAGUGACCUGCACUGAAUCCACAAUGAAGGUUGAGGUUGAAAAAGCUUCCUUCUUUCGACUCAAGGAGGACGAUCUUUGCCUUAUUGACUCCAGCAACGCCGUCUGCCGUCUUGGCGAGCACUCCAACCGAACUCACAUCGUCGCCAUCAUUCCUCUCAACGACUGCGGUACCGAGAUCGAGGAAAACGAUGAUUACCUUAUUUUCAAGAAUGAGAUCACCAUUAAGGAAGACGACCCCAAACACCUCAUCACCAGGAAGCACCUGGCGGAGGCCCGGUUCUACUGCCAGUACCCCAAACGGGGGAAUGUGAACCAGAUAUACUUGGCACACAGAGAGAACGUCACGGUGUGGGAUAAAGGUUUCGGGACGUUCACUUACCAGUUCGAGUUCUACAAGGACGACCAGUUCAAUGCUGUAUAUGACUCAAACUCAUAUCCACUGCUGUUUACAAUCGGAAACAGGAUCUACAUGCAGAUCGACGCCAGCUCCUCUAUCAAGAACACGCAGAUCUUUGUGGAGUCCUGCAGAGCUGCACCGUAUGACAACCCCAACUACCGUCCCACCUACACCAUCAUUGAGGACGGAUGCUUAAAGGACACGACUGUGCAGAAACACCCAACGGCCAACAAUAAGCAGUUCAAGUUCAGCAUGGAGGCCUUCAAGUUCAUCGGAUUGCAUGAUCAGGUGUACAUCAGCUGCACAGUCAUGAUGUGUAAAUCAGGAAACCGUAACUCCAGGUGCUCGAAGGGAUGCGUCGAAUCCCCAAAGCACAAAGCCCGCAGAAAUAGAGAGGCUGUGAUCGAGAGUGGAAAGCACUUUGUUUCCCAGGGUCCUUUGCGUCUAAAGCGUGAAGCAGACCCCGCUGGAGGCUCAGAGUUCGACAUGAACCCGAGCCUGGUGUUUGUGGCUGGUUGUCUUCUUGUUGCUGUUGGGAUGAUCUGCGGCGUGAUCAUCUACAAAACCAAAACCUCCAGGGUCAAAUAUCAGCCUCUGCUUCCAUAUGAAAGCUAAACCUGCAGCAUCGGCCAAACUGCUUGGAUAAUCUGAACAUGGGAUUCUGAUGCUGCGUUCACACCAAACGCGUUGCGCGCGCCAAAAACGCAUCUGAUGUUUCAAGUUUGACACGUGUGCACUUUGAAUGCAGAUGCUUGACAUUUAGCUCUAAACCUAGCAUUUCGCACGUCAGGAGGAUCUGGUUUACUUUCAGUCUAUGGACAGUAAACCAGACUCUCCAUAGACUGACGGUGUGUCAAAAUCGCUCUAGCAGUUAUUUUCCAUUGCCGGCUUGAUGCGUCAAACACGCCAAAAGCUUCGAUUGCUCAGCGCUAGGCGCAUGGAACGCGCCACAACGGGCCUUUGAUGCGCGAUACGCGUUUGGUGUGAAUGCACCAUGAGUGUUUAUGAGCUAAUUAAUCUUUUAUGAUCCAAGAAGCUACUCAAAAAGUUUUGGUAAUUUCUUUCAUAUUUUACAUCAUAACAAAGAAGUAUCCUAAAUCACAUUUUCCUUCUCUUUAAUUAUAAUCUCCAGAUUUAAGAAAAUGCACCUUAAGCUUUUAUUUUAUGAUGGAAGUCUACAGAUCUUUUUUGGAAAGGAAUUAUAUUUUAGCAUUUUUAUUUUCUGUCAAUUCCAAAGUGUAUAUAAGUGGACUUGUUAUUUCUGAAUGUGUCAAUAAAAAUACAAAUUUUUGCUUUUUAUUGGACAAA